AAUCGAUCACACCGCCAUUUUAUUGGACAUUUUGCGUCGUCAUUUCAUUUUUACACUGUUUUGUGAAUUUGUUUUACAAUUAUUGUUUAAUAUUAUAAAAAUAAAGUGCGUAACAAUCAGGAACCAUGACGGAUAUAAAAAGAUUGGUCGCGGCCAGAGGGCAGGCAAAAGGCUCACGACCAGAUCAACGCUUGAUUUCGGGAGAAGGAGGUGGAAAAUUCCAACGCCUUCCGCGCAUAAAUAUUCGUCAAUUUGACGGAAAUAAUAUCGAAAAUAGAGCUGUAGCACUUGAGACUGCUACGGGCCCCAAAGAGGAGCCACGUAAGAACUCAAUGGCUGUGUGCGCUCAGGCAGUGUCUACAGUAAAGAAGCAGUCACCUUCAGCAAAAUGCAUUGGAGCACCAGGCAUCCCCGCUUAAGGAAAAUGGACCUUACCUACUCAAGACAAAGUUUGGUGAUGUGAUAGCCGGUUCGUUGCCUCCAAUGUAUGUAUCCCUACCCAGCAUUGACCACUCCAUAUCUGUUCAAAACCAAAUCGUGCUGGCGUGGCUGAGCAUGGAACCAGUCAAACUGCUGUCAUAUGUCGCAAACAGAGUCAUUAAAAUCAAAGAGCUGACUUCAGGAUGGCCUUGGUUCUAUGUGAAGACCACUGACAACCCCGCGGAUUGUCUCUCUCGAGGAGUGGAGCCUCAUGCAUUGCAGAACAAUGAGCUUUGGUGGCACGGGCCUCAAUUUCUAAAUAACAACUCAUUUUCUCAUGGAAAUGCAAAGCAUGAGCCUUUAUCACCGCACGAACUGCCUGAAAUUAACAAAAAAUGUUGCAUUAUUGUAAACUGUAAUGAUGCUUGUCAUGUUGUAACUAACAAUGAUAAUGCCUUUAAUAUGGACCUACUUGCUCGCUUUUCUGAUAUUACAAAACUAAAACGAGUUGUAGCCUAUAUGCUACGAUUUUCGGAUAAUUGUAAGAUAAAAAAUAUAACAGAGAGGCGUACGGGCGCGCUUCAGCCGUGUGAGCUUGAAAACGCUUUAUUAACAAUUAUUAAGAUGGACCAACAGAGGCAUUAUCAAAAAGAAAUUGCCUGCUUAAAGGCUAACAAACCUGUAUCACAUUCUCUAUCAGCAUUGAGUCCUUUUCUUGAUAAGAAUGGCUUAUUAAGAGUUGGUGGGAGAUUGGAAAAUUCACAGCUUCCAUUCACUCAAAAGCACCCAUUGAUACUUGUUAAAGGUUCUCACAUCACUAAGCUUCUUAUAUGGAAAGAACAUGAAACUUUAUUACACGCGGGACCUAAGUUAUUGCUUGCUUCACUUAAUAAUAAGUUUUGGCUUAUCAAUGCUGUGAGGGAAAUAAAACAUGUAAUUCAUAAAUGUAUAAAAUGUUUUAAGCUAAAGGCAAAGGCUGCAUCACAGCUGAUGGGGUCUCUGCCAGCCGAAAGGGUCACUGUAGCCAGGCCUUUCGAGAAGGUCGGCAUCGACUAUGCAGGUCCUUUUAAUAUAAAAUUACACCGUGUUAGGAAACCACUUAUUUUAAAAGAGACCGUCAAAACCAGGAAAAUAGUUAACGCCUCUGUCAGGAGAAUAGAAGACCCCCAAGAGAACCCUUACGUGCGAUAA